CGCAGCCAUGCUGUUAACAGCUUAGGGGCGCGGGGCGGCGCAGAGCAGCGCUGCUGCCGCGGGGAGCGGAGCGGUGCCGGGCUCCGCGCACCGCGCUCCCCCUGCCCGCCCCGGCCCCGCUGCCUCGGCCCGGCUCGCCAUGGCGGCGGCCGUGGACGAGAGCGCCCUGCCCUCUAUCUCCACUUUCGCCAACUUGAUGCCGCUAGAGGAGCGGCCCGCCGACAUGCUCCACAGGAUGCUACAGCAGGAUGGCCCCGCUGCCGUCAAGCGGGAAGAAGACGACUUGGGCAAGUUCGUGGACUUGGACUUCAUCCUGGCGCACACCAGCAGUGGCGGGCAGGGGCCGACCGGCCCCAAUUACCCCCUGCCCGAGACCCCCGAGAGCUGUGGCACCACCUACGACAGCGACGGCUCGUACUCCACGCCGGGCAAGUUCCCGGCGCCUUACCCCGACGGCCAGGGCCACAGCUACGUGGCUGAGCUGCUCACCCCGGACCUGCCCGGCCACUACGACCUACAGCGGAGGGAGUACACGGAGCUGCGGGUGCCCGGCGGCCCCCACCACCACCCUCACCCCCAUCACCACCCGCCCCUCCACCCGGCCCUAGCCCGCCCGCUGCCCCUGGACCCCGCGCAGUCCUUCGGGCCCCGCAUCAAGAAGGAGCAGCCGGAGGAGCGCGCCUGCAUGCUGGGGAUGUCUGCCGCCGAGUACCUGGGACCGGGCGGCAGCGAGCACAAGCCACGCGUGGCGCCGGGCCCCGGGCCGGGACCGGUGCAGGGGCCGCCGCUGCCCUACCCGGGCUUCCCCCACGGCCGCUUGGGGCCCCCUGAGGAGUCGCUGCCUGGCGCCGAUCCCCACCUCUUGGCCGACCUGCCGCCCCACUACGCCGUGGCCCCGCACCGCUAUGCGCCCCACUUCGCCCCCCAGCCGCCACCGCAGUUUCAUGGACAUUUCAGUGUUUUCAGGGAGCCCCUGAAGGCGCCGGGCCCGGGCCCGGCGGGGCUGCCCGGGCUGCUGGUCACGCCGCCCAACUCCCCGGUGCUGGAGUACUUCCCGACCGGGGCUCCCCCCGAGGACUGCAAGCCCAAGCGCGGCCGCCGCUCGUGGGCGCGCAAGCGAACGGCCACGCACAACUGUGAAUACCCGGGCUGCGGCAAGACCUACACCAAGAGCUCCCACCUCAAGGCGCACAUGCGGACCCACACGGGCGAGAAGCCCUACCACUGCACCUGGGAAGGAUGUGGCUGGAAAUUUGCCCGCUCCGAUGAGCUGACCCGCCACUACCGCAAGCACACAGGGCACCGGCCGUUCCAGUGCCACCUCUGCGAGCGGGCUUUCUCUCGCUCCGACCACCUCGCUCUCCACAUGAAGCGGCACAUGUGAGCAGUGGCUGCGGCCGGACUCGAUGUCCACGAAGCCAGCUCACGGUGUAAAUAGUGUCGGGCCAGGGAUGGCAGUGGGGAGCAGCCUGGCCACCCAGCCCUGUCCGCUUGUAGUUGAUAACUAGUUUUCUCCUCCUGUUCCUGUGAGAGCUGGCCCAGCCAAGUGGUGGGGAAGAGCUGCUUUGGGGAUGUAUGUGGGGAGCAAAACUGCAAGAAACAUGUGCCCAGACAUCACCACUCAGCUCCCCAUGUCUGGUGGGUUCCCCGCAGCCAGGUACCCAGUGAGUGGGGGAGCUGCUGGUGCAUAAGGGAUCUGUACCCAGAACUUCUGGCUUGUAUUUGGCAUCAGCUUAACCUUACUCACCCAGAUUCUGGCACACCCCUGGCUCUAGGGGCUAUGGUGGCUGACUCUGGCUGCUUUUUGGCUGGAGAGCCAUGCCAGUUGGGUAUGUUGGUUGUGGUGCUGGGAAAUAGGUUGCUGGUUGUCUCGGUUGUGAUCAUCAGAACAAACCUCCUGACCCAAAGCCCAGAGUGGAUGGGGCGAGGGUGGGAUUUUACUGGCUCGUGGCUAUAAAGGUUUGGCAGCACAGCAACACCUUGCACAGAGGACAGGGAUGCUCCUGUCACCAGCCUGGGACCCCACUGGGCAGUCCAGCCCUGGCCAUUCCCAGUUUUCCACUCAAGAGUCAAAAUGCCUCUUCUGGCUCUUGUCUGCUUUAUUUUGUCGUGUUCUUCCCCUCAGGAUGACACCAGGUACUGCUGCAGCUGCCCUUCCCCAUGCUGCUUUUUAAAAUUUAGUAUGUAAAGGACAGUGAGUCCAGCUAUGAAUGCCCAGGUCUCUGCUAUACUUGAAAUUUUUGUAGAGGGGGGACAAAUAAGAAAGCUCAAAAGAAAAUGAGUCUUUUUAUGUGCAGCUUCUGCAAAGCAAGUUGUAAAUUAAACAAAGCAGUAAUAUAUAAUGUUUCUGGUUUUUUUUUAAUAUAUUUUCUUCCAGCUGGGAAUACAGAUGAGUCUCAGCUUUGGGAAGUGCACUGUUCCCGUCUGUGUAUAUUGUUAAUUAACAUUUCUCUGCUUGGGCACGUUAGGUCUCUUGCACUCUGAAAUGUUACUUUUCUUUAUAUGCAAACUGUUGAAAUAUUGUGAUCUUCUGUAUAAUAAAUAAACAAGAUGUAAACAUGAAAGAGC